GUUGCGCGUGCGCAACCGAUCAACCAACUACGCUCCCUAGUCCUGUGGGCAAAAGCCCCUCCGGCUAGUCCCGUCCCUGCGCCCGCGCCCGCGCCCGCGCCCGCGCCGAGUCACGAAAACACGGGGAAAAAUGAGCAUUUUCAACCAGAAAUCCAAGUUCAAGGUCAAAGCCGACAUCCGCGCCGUGCGGCAGGCCGUCGAACCGGCAGGCCGACCAAAGCCUAAGCAGCAGCAGCAGCUUUCCGCAGCCGGCGCGAGCGGGAGCCGAGGACGCGCAUCGCCGUCGGGCGGGGGCGGCGGCAGCGGCAGCGGCAGCACCCCGCGGGCGUCGCCCAGGCCCGGGUCCAUCGCAGCGGCUCGGCAGCGGCACAGGCUGCAGAGCGCAUCGCCGCUCCCGCCGUCGGGCGACGAGGGGGGGAACAGUCGCAAGAGGCACGCCGUGUCUAGCCGGUCGCCCGCGAGCCCCAACUUCUCCGAGUCGGGCGACGAUGAGGAGGAGGACGACUGGGAAGAGAGCCUCGAUGCGCGCAAGCGGAGCAAGCGCGUCCACCAGUCGCGCGCGGACCCGAACCGGUCCUUUGCGCAUCCGAAGCUCUGGGCGGGCGGCGACGAGAACACGGAGCGCCUCCCGAUACUGCACGCCAACGACGUCGCGUCGCUAGAGCAAAAGUGCCAGCCUGCUCUCGGGCUCGCGCAGGAAGACGUCGUCAUAAAAUUGCAAUAUCCGGGGGCCAGGUAUCCAGAACGUUACGAACUAGUAUGGGGAAAGGACAAAAUCGAGGCAGUUAAGGACAUCGUGAAAGUUGUAAAUUUUGUGGCUUCAAUCUAUCUGAACGACGAGGACGCCAAGCCAUUUCUAGACCAAAGUACCGGCAUCUGCCGCCGGUUGGAAAAGAGCAGGAACACAAAAGACGGCGCUGGGUUCAAGGUGGCAGUCAAGGAAUACAACGAACGCCUUAUGGGCCUUCAGCGAAAGGGUGUCAUUGCGAAGAACCUAGGCGAUCUGAGUGGGAUCCUCCGCGAACUCAUUGCCUUCAUUCUUGACCAAAUAUAUGACCGCACCGUUGCGCCAAACGUCGAGCUGCUCUCCAAAUACGAAAAUGGCACCGACAACGUAUACGGCGAGCUGCUCCAUCCUUUCAUCUCUGACAUACUCGAGCGGGCCGGUUUGACGUCUGACAAGGUUUUCGUCGACCUCGGCUCGGGUGUCGGAAACGUCGUGCUUCAAGCCGCGCUGGAAACAGGGGCCGAGAGCUGGGGUUGUGAGAUGAUGGAGAACGCCUGCAACCUUGCGGAUGCUCAGAAACAGGAGUUCUUGGUCCGGUGUCGUCUCUGGGGCCUCGACCACGGGAGCGUGCACCUCGAAAGGGGUGACUUUCGGAAAAGCGAGAAGACACUGGCGGCUCUGAAAAGGGCCGACGUGGUACUAGUGAAUAACCAGGCCUUUACAGCGCAGCUCAACGACAACCUCGUCAACAUGUUCCUGGACUUGAAGCCUGGCUGCAAGAUAAUAUCUCUCAAGACGUUUGUCCACGACAACAAAAAUGCCGAGAAUGACGUUGCGACAUCGAUUCUCGAUGUCGAGCAUUUGACGUAUCCCGAGGAAUACGUCAGCUGGACAAACGCGUCCGGCACCUUUUGCAUCUCGACGAGGAAGGGCUAGCCUGGAGAUUAUGGGGAGUCCGGUAUUAGCGGCUGAAUGAGUAUCGAGUGUUGCGCUUGUAGGCGCUGGUCCGGCGGCCUCAGCGCUGGGGGGUUUAGUGUUUUUUCUUCAUGAUUACGGGGAAGCGGAACUGAGGAGUUUGUCUAUUCAUGUAACUGUAUUUUCAGCAGCCUG